CCAGCGCCGGGCGCGGAGGUGCGGGAUCCGCCGGCCGCGUUAUUUCCCGACGCCCGGGGCGGCCCCACCCCCCUCGGCCCGGCGAAGGCGCCUCGAGCAGCGCGAAGCGAGGCAGCGGGGCCUCGUUCCUUCGCCGCUCGGAGGGACCCCCUCGAGCACUCCUCGGACGCCGAGCAGCUGCCACGGGCUUCCGACGGGGCGAGAGGCCUAGCGCGCAGCCGGGCGACCCGCGGCUGGAAGGCGCCGAGCCCGGCUCAGCUGCGGGCCGGGGGCGUGGCGAGGCGGCCGGGUUCUGUUUUCCCCGGAGCCGCCGGAGCUUUCGGUUUGCUUUCCAGCCGUAGGUUUCGGUUUCGUUUCCAGCCGGUGUGUCCACGAGAGCCGCCCGCGGCCCUGCAGUCCCCGGCUCGACGGCCAUGGCACCCGCCGCCCUCCUCCGCGAGGUGACCCAGACGCUGUGCGCGGCCGGGGGCUCCUUGGGGCUGGAAGAGCUGCGGCGCCGCUUGCGGCCGGACGUCGGCGGGGAUGCCCUGGACCGGCUGCUGCGGGAGUGCGGGCGCUGCGUGGUGGCGCAGCGGGCGGCCGGGGCGGGCGCGGCGGCCGUCGAGACCACGGUCUUGGCCGCGUCGCCGCUGCGCCUGUGCGCCGCCCACCUGGGCCCGAAGCCGAGCUGCGACGGGCUGUGUGCGCAGCUGCACCUCUGCAAGUUCGUGUUCUACGGCCAGUGCAAGUUCCCGAGGGACGGGAAGGAGUGUAGGAAUGGUCACAGCUUGAUGUCUGAUCACAACAUGAGCGUGCUGAAGACUCAGGGCGUGGACCACCUCAGCUUCAGUGAGCUCACCGUGCUCUUGCUCCAGAACGACCCCCUGCUCUUGCCCGAGAUCUGCCUUCAUUACAACAAAGGAGAUGGACCCUACGGCUCUUGUUCCUUUAAAAAGCAAUGCAUCAAACUCCAUGUUUGCCAGUAUUUUUCACAGGGCAAAUGCAAGUUUGGCACUGGCUGUAAGCGAUCCCAUGAUUUCUCUAACCCUGAGAACCUGGAAAAACUGGAGAAGUUGGGCAUGAGGUCAGACCUGGUGAGCAGGCUGCCCUCCAUCUACAGAAACGCUCACGACAUCAAGAAUAAGAGCUCGGCCCUCGUCAGAGUACCGCCUCCUCCCUCACGGUCACAGGGCUCCUCCGAAAGAAGAGACACAGGUUCUGUGUGCCCGAACACAGCUCCCCAAGAGGAGAGUGAUGAGAUUUGCUUGUACCACAUCUGGAAGAGUUGCAGCUUUCAAGAGAAGUGCAGUAGAGUUCACUUCGACUUGCCGUAUCGGUGGCAAGUCUUAGAUGGAGGCAAGUGGAAGGAUUUGCACAAGAUGGAGCUUAUCGAAGAGGCGUAUAGCAACCCCAGACGAGACGGGAUCACGUGCACGGAGUCGGCCGGUAGCUUUCUCAUUGGUUCUCUGAAGUUUGACUCCAUGACGUUUGAUGGCACCCGGGCUCGCCGCCUGUCCACGGCCUCGUCGGUCACCAAACCUCCGCACUUCAUCCUCACCACCGAGUGGCUUUGGUACUGGACUGAUGAGUUAGGCUCUUGGCAGGAGUAUGGAAGACAAGACAUGGAGCACCCCAUGACCAGCGUCAACAGCAGCGACUUGGAGAAGGCCUACCUGGCGUACUGCACCUCAGGGUCUGACGCCAAGGCAGCCACUCUGAGGUUCCAGGCCGGGAAGCACACGUACGAGUUAGAUUUCAGAGCCUUCAUUCAGAAAAAUCUGGCCUAUGGCACCAUGAGAAAAGUUCGCCGGAGGCCCAAAUACGUUUCUCCCCAGGAUGUGAAGAUGAAGCAAACCUGCAGCGUCAAUUUUCAAGGCCCAAAGAGCAUCCCUGAGCAUUGGGACCACUCGGCCGUGCCAGACACCGGCUUUAAGAGGAUUGCCCUGCAUUCAUCCUCAGAAGAGUUUCAGAAGGUCUGGAACCUCUUUACCUGCACGAUGCCCAACCACUGCAUUCAGAUGAUCGAGCGGGUCCAGAACGUGGCCCUCUGGGAAGUCUACCAGUGGCAAAAGGGGCAGAUGCAGAAGAAAAAUGGGGGGAAGGCGGUGGACGAGAGGCAGCUGUUCCACGGCACCAGCACCAGCUUAGUCGACGCCAUCUGCCAGCAGAACUUUGACUGGCGGGUCAGCGGUCUGCACGGGACUUCCUACGGCAAAGGGAGCUACUUUGCCCGGGACGCCGCGUAUUCCCACCACUACAGCAAGUCCAACACCAAGUCCCACACCAUGUUCCUGGCUCGGGUGCUGGUGGGCGAGUUUGUCCGAGGCAACACCAGCUUCGUCCGCCCCCCGGCCAAGGAGGGCCAGGGCACCGUCCUGUACGACAGCUGCGUCAACAGCGUGUCCGACCCCAGCAUCUUCGUGAUCUUCGAGAGGCACCAGGCCUACCCAGAGUAUGUCAUCCAGUACACGGCCUUGACCAAGCCCAUGCCCGCUGCCUCCAGCCUGCUCUCCUUGGCAUCCCUCUUCAGCGGCCGGCAGUGAGCGCCCCGAUGUUUUUAUGCUUUUUAGGCUCAUCUUACUUGAAAUGGUUGUUUGAAAGAGUUCUAUUUCUUUUUUUCUUUUUAAGCAAAACAACUUUUAAUGAACUGUUCCUUUAAUAUUGACUUCUUGAUGAAGUUACACUCUUAAUCUCUGGCCAAUGAUAUUUUCACUUUAAAGUCAUUUUUGGGUUUGCUGGUGGACUCAGUGGUUGCGAUUAUAGGCGAACCCCUUAUUGCUCUUUAGUCAGGUGUGAAAGUUUUAUUUUUUACUCUCUGUUGACUUGGCUGCAGAUUGGCACCAGGCAGAGUUUCUAGAUACUAUUUUAUGGAUUGGUUUUAAUUUUCAAGAGUUGGGUUUUUCGGGGUCGAGGUGGCAUCUUGUUUCGUCAGAGUGGCACAGCAGCCAUCGGUGCAGGAUAUCCUGUGUCGUGGACCUGUCGGGGCCCAGUCAUUGUGUCUGUUGUUGAGUCUCUAAUCUCAGCCGCUCUUCUGCUGCUUCUCCGAAGCUUUUGGCCUUGACAUUGGCCCAUAUAUCUCGUCGUUAGAACAAGCAGCUUCUCUGUGGUGUCCUUGAGACCCUGUCGGUUUCCCUUAGUCCUGGCAGGGGUCCGUGUCACUUGGGAAGCACAUUCAACCUGGCAGGUGACACGGAUGAGCGGCUUCCCCCAGGACCUGUCCUGGCCCGUGAAUGCCUGUCUGUGCAUCUGCACUGAACACCCUCUGAGUAAGGGUUUCACGUCCCUGUGAGGUUUCAAUACCUGUGCUGCCAAUGUCACAGCAGAGUCUGGGAAUAAAAAUAUUUAUCUGACACGG